AUGGAGAAGUCUACAGUUUGUGCAUUGGUUCUAGCUCUAAGUGCAAUUGUGCAAUUUAACACAGUUUUUACUCAGGAUUCUAAGAGCAAUCUAACAGGCAUUCUUCCAAAAGCGGGCCAAUGUCCUCGUCUACUUAAGGUGCUGCCAUCAAAGAAAGGGUGUGCAUGUGAUGAAGACUGCCCUGAAGACCAUAAGUGCUGUGUCUUUGACUGUGGAGCUGUCUGUGUCCCUCCUUCUUUCAGUAAGCCAGGGUUGUGUCCUCGGAGAAACUGGGGCUCUGGAAUGUGUGCCGAGUUUUGCUCUGAUGACAGUGACUGUCCCAAUGAGCAGAAAUGCUGCCACAACGGAUGCGGACAUGAGUGCAUUGCACCGUACAAAGUGAAGCCAGGCCGCUGCACUCUACCCCAAGGAACUCCUAUGUGUGCGGAGUACUGCUACCAUGAUGGCCAGUGUCCAGCUGAGCAAAAAUGCUGCAGGACAACCUGUGGUCAUGCUUGCAGUCAGCCCUGCUGA